GUUUACAGCUGAUGAAACGUAAACGAGCACCCAAAUCAUUCCAAUUUUUAUAACUCAAAAACAGAUGCAAACAAUCAAUGCACAAAUUGUGGAGUUCAUCACGAGAACCGUGACGCAAACACAGAUCAUAACCAUAACAGGAGCGAACUUCAUAACUCAGACAGUUGUGUCAACUAGCUUCGUGAACCAAGAAGUUGUGUCCACGGCUUUCAUUCCACAAGUUAUUACGAGAACACAAAUCAGUUAUCAGACCAUACCUGUCAUUCAGACCAACACCGUCUUCCAGACAAGUUUCUUCACAAUACCAAGUGGACUGGAUACUCGAACGGACAUGCUGUGGCUCGCGCUGGCGUCUUCUUGCUUCUCGGCAUCCUUGACGCAGCGACAGUUCCGGCAGUUCGGUGGAGUCCCGCAGAUGCAGGGAUCCAUCAACAAUGGCUAUUUGCCGCCUCGGCCUACGUCUGGCCCUGGAACAUGUCAGCAGUCAACCGCGUUUGUCACGUCCACCCAGUAUUCCAACCAAGUGGUGACCAGCACCGUAUACAGCAACGGAGGUGUGUUCUCAACGACAGUCAUUCCACAACAAGUUGUGAGCACUAUUUUUAAUUCUCAGUUCGUUACCAGAACUAUGAUCAUACCUGGUCAAACAAGAACUGUCGUCAGUACAUUGUUCAGUACUAUUUUCUCCACUGUUAGCAUUCCUGGACAGACCAUUUUUCAAACACAAACUGUCUUCAGCACAAACUUCUUUCCUCAAACGAUUACGCUUCCAGGAGCUACUCGAACAGUUGUGUCAACCGUAAUACAACCCAUAUUCACUACAAUCUUCUCCACAGUUUUCUCUGGAAACAUUCAAACCAGUUAUGUUACUAGCACGCAGUUCGACAAUAGAGUCAUUAACUCUACAUCUGUUACCCAGGUGAACAAUUUCAACACGCGAACUGUUACGGUUCCUCAAGUGAGUACAUCAGUUGUCAUCCAAAACCAAGUGACGACAUCCACUGGCUUCACUCAGGUUGUCAUACCAACUUUCGUGACGGUAAGCAGAGGGAACGGAGUUGUAACUGUAACUCGGACUGUCUUGUCAUCUCAAGUGAUUCCAGGCAGUGGACAAACCGUGUUUAUUACAAGGACCGUCUUAUCGACUUCUUUCAUCACCUCCACAGUAUUCAACACCAAUGUGCAGACUACAGUGAUCACCAUCACCCAGCCUUGCAGUGGUGGGGGCACCAAUACUGGUGGAUACAACUACACUCCUCCUAGCAUACCGUUCAACCCCUUCAAUUGA